AUGGAAAUGGUACGAGAUGAGGAUAAGUGUAGUGUUGUACUGAAAGACAAUCUCAUAUAUUACAUUGGUGGUGUUGGUGAUAGUACUUUUAGUAUGAAUGAGAUUCCAGUUUUUGAUACAGCAAAUUUAGUUUGGUUAUCUAUGACGACUCGUGGCGAUCAAAUUGGAUCUCGUAGUGGACAUUCAGCUGUCUUAAAUGGACUUAUUCUUAUUUAUGGUGGAACGGGAUCCAAUUACACUCAAGUACAACCUGAUGUUGCUAUAUUAGAUGUAAGUGUUACACCGUAUACAUGGAAGGCUAUUAUUAUAGAUAAAGCACCACAACCACUUAUGUAUCAUUCAGCAACAAUGUAUGGAAUAUAUAUGAUUAUUGCAUUUGGUGCAAUGGUUCCUUCACAACCACAGCCGAUAUCCAGUUCGGCAUUAAAUAAUAAUUUAUAUAUAUUUGAUACACAAAAUUAUACAUGGGUUGAUACAUUUGAUGCGUCAAAUAUAUAUGGGUCUGAUUUAACAAACUCCAAUUCACCUUCAUUAGCCCCAAGAUAA